AUUGCCUGUUUCAGCUCUGUGAAAUAUGUCAAGGUUACUAACACUGUUUGAGUGAGAUACAAUUGGUACAAUUUCUUUGAUGUUGUUUAAAGAUAUGAAGCUUUAUUUCCCGGUAAUAUUUACUUUACUUCUUUUGUUCUCCACAUAUGUGUACGCGUUUCGAGCUCCGUCAAAGCAAACGAGCAAUUCGACCUCAGAACUGGAUAUGAAAUUUGGAGAAGAUUUCGACGGAUCUGCUGUCAAGAGUCUCGGCUCGCCAUAUUUACAACUUCCCGUUUUCCAGCAUUCUAGAAUCCCACUUUUGGACAAAAAGCAGUUCUCUCCGAUGCUUGGAUCAGGCCGCGAACAACUGCCCGAAGAGACGAAAAGAGUCCUCAUCCCGCGCACCACAGUAACGUUACCUGCGGGCUCCCGCCGCCGCGGUCGAUCACACGGAGUAAACGUCGUUUGUCAAAUGAAGAAAAUGAUCGUUAAAGUUCACAAACACAUUUUAGGCACCGACGGCGUUCAGUCCGAGUUAAAACUGGGAACGUGUGACAUCAGUAAGACAACAAAACACUAUCAUGUGUUUGUUUACGACAUGGACCAGUGUGGUAGUCAGAGAAAGUUAAUAAACAAUAGAGUAACAUAUUCGAACCUACUGCACUACUCUCCAGUGACGGACCUGGGGCCAAUCCGCCGUGCCAUGCCUUUCACGCUUCCUGUGGAGUGUCACUUUAACAGAUAUCAUUACUCAUACAAAAUUGGUUACAUACCACAAGUCCUAUAUCAGAGCCACUUCAAACCCUUAAGAACUGUGGACAGCGUUGUACUCACUCCCCGUGACGAGCUGUGGAGAAGGUUAUUGCCCACCGAAGAGUAUACCAUUGGUCACCCCAUGUACUUUCAGGCAGACGGACCUCCUCUUGCUGAGAACGAAAGGCUGUUUGUGGAUUCCUGCUAUGUGACGAUCAGCAGUUCGCAUUUGUCCAUGCCCCGAUUUACAGUAAUUGAAAACCACGGGUGCAUGAUUGAUAGCAAGAGUAGUAGGUGGUCCAAGUUCAUCCAAAGUGGACGAAGAAAUGUUGUGCGGUUCUCCCUGGAUGCAUUUCUGUUUCAAGGGAUGCUGGGAGAGCAUCUUUACAUGCAUUGUGAGAUAUCUGUCGGAAGUUUAAAUCCAACGGCAAGUGCAAAGUCCUGCACUUACAACCAGUCAACAAAACGAUGGGAAGAGUUAUUCGGUUCAAAUGCUGUGUGCCUCUGUUGUGACUCCACGUGUGUGUCUUCUGACCUGACUGUGUCCAGUAAAGUCAUCACCAGUGAGCCCUGGAUCAUGGAGUCUGAUUUGGAAAUUGUUGAGGAAGAGCAAACAACUCCAUUCGUGACAGAGGAAGUGGGAACAGGCUUUGUUGAAGUAAUAACCACACCGACAGCUGAGAUUGGACCACGUCAUUUUGUUCCAGACCCAGCUGUAGUAGAGGAAGUCAACAAAUUUGUGGAGCCACGCAGAAUAUUUGAGGAGGUAUUUGGAUUGGGCUAAACAAAGAGAACUUAAUAAAGACAUUCUGAGUUUUCACAA